AUGACUGCCGUAGCGAGCCCUCCUAGCUUCCAGCAACUCAAUCGACCGGGAUGGAAUGUUAAUGGCGGACAAAGUCUGAAUUCAAUGAAUCCAGAAGACGUCAGAGGCAUGUUCGUGCCGCGGAAGACGUUGCAGAGAAGCAACUCAUCCUCGUCUGUCGCCUCCACGUCGUCGAACUCAUCAACCACCACGGUCGCCACGAACGCCUCGCAACCAAAUGGCACCCCGGCGUCUACGAACUCCGACAUGAGUUCGUGGUCCAGCACCGCAUCGCGGAAACGCCCGCAGCCCAAAAACGGCCCUUGGCCGCCGAGCAAGCCAGAAGGCCAGGCCGAGUUCGGCAGGCCGGUCAUGCGUUCGCCAAUGAACGGAAUCAACGGCAAUUCAUCGUUGCAGGCUCUACCAGGGCAGCCACAAAUGAUGUCGCAACAAGGGCUUGCCGCAAGACCUGCUGGCGAUCCCAUGCCCAGCGGCCAGCCCGUUCUCUAUCUCCUGUCGCUCAACGGCACAUUCGAGCGCAAGACCAUAUCGGUGCCAUUCUACCCGGAAAGCCUUCGUAUUGGCCGACAGACGAACCAGAAAACGAUCCCAACAGCCACAAACGGCUACUUCGAUAGCAAAGUCCUAUCCAGGCAGCACGCUGAAAUUUGGGCAGAUCGCAUGGGCAAGAUUUACAUUCGCGAUGUCAAGUCAUCCAACGGAACCUUCGUCAACGGGACGCGUCUUUCGCAAGAGAACCGUGAAUCCGAACCACACGAAUUACAGACAGGAGAUCAUCUAGAGCUGGGAAUCGAUAUCGUGAGCGAGGAUCAAAAGACCGUCGUUCACCACAAGGUUGCCGCCAAAGUCGAGCAUGCUGGCUUCAUGACACCCUCCAGCAACGUUAUGGAUAUGAGCUUUGGCGACUUGGAUCCGGCUAACGGUGGCAUGAUGAUGCCUUCACCGGGACCAAUGCCGUAUCGCGGUCGCACGGGAAGCAACGCGUCAAUGGCCAGCAACGGCCGUAUGAUGGCUCCCCAGAACAUGGCCGGCAUGCCCCCAAGUGGCGGAGUUGCUCGUGGAUUCUUACUGACGCCCAUUACCACGGAGCACAUCGUAAAACGCUUACAUAACGAGAUGCGAAGUGCGCGACUACAGUCUCAAGACUUGUCAAGGACGGGCCACUUCAUUCAUGCUUUGCUGAGCAAGGAAGAUGUCAAGGAUCUCGAGAAACCCGAGGCACCAGAAGCCCCCAAGCAGCUCCCUAACGGCAACGCCUUGCCAUUCCGUAACGAUGCAAAGACGAGAUUCUCCGACCCGCCUGCUCCUCCGCCUCAACAGCCCCUUCCGGAGAAACCUGAUGUGCCUUCCCUCAAACGAGGUACCACUGAGCGACCCAAGACGAACAGCACUCCGUCGCCCGUGGGACGCGACAAUCUGCACCAGAUCAUCCAGCUAACCGAGGCUCUGAACAAUGCUAAGAAGGAGAUGGAUACCCAGACUGCCCGGAUUAAGGAUCUGGAGGACAUGUUGCGCAGAGAACGCGAAGCACGCGAGCUUGCCGAAGAUAUGGCAAAGAUACUCGAGGACAGUGCUCCUAAGGAACUGAACGGCGGGCCCAAAGAACACGACACCGAGACUAUACUUGAAGAAGCUUUUGAGCCUCCCCGUGAGGCUUUAGAGGCCCAUGACAUCGAAAUGACAGAUGCCGAACCACUUGUCAAGGAGCCGGCACCGGAGAGCGCUGAAGAGAUUGCUGCUCGUUUCCAAGUCAAGAUCGAUACCAUGAUGACCGAGAUGAGCGAUCUCAAGCAGCAGAUGGAAGCUUGGAGGCAAAGAUGUGAGAAGGCUGAGAUGGAACGCGAUGUCGACCGCAAGACCUUGUCAGAGAUGGUUGCAAAGAUCCGAAGAGACGAAGAAGCUAGGCAGUCAGCAGCUGCGGCAGAGAAAAUUCGGUCUCCAUCCCGUGGGCGGCGCGGUCGCAGUGAAAGAGCCACCGAGAAGACUACUACCGUGGUCCAGACAGACGUAUCUAACGAGUCGACGCCCGCGCCAAGCCAGACAGAGUCCCCCUUGGACGAUCCCAGCGACAAGCCUACGCUAUCGCGGGCUAACACUAUCACGCCACUUACCAUACCACCGGGCAAGCUGGCGAAAGAUCAGGCUAUGAUGGCCGGCGUCCCCUACGCCUCUAUGCUGGGUGUGGUGAUCAUAGGAAUGGGCCUCAUGGCCUACAUCAACGGCUGGCAACCCGAACCAACUUCCCGUCACUGA